ACAUAUUUAUUAUUAAAAAAAAUUUCACCAAUUAAAUUUCUGCCCCUGUUUGCAGUCGUCGUGUACGAAAACAGAAGUGAGCUAAUUGGCAAAACAAUAGCAGCCCCACCCGCACACACCACAUCACUCUACCACAUAGUUGAAUACGACAAGGCGGAGAUAAAAGUACAACAGUACCUCCCCCCGCUCGCUACUCAUUUGGGCUAUCGCCAUGGCCGACAACAAUAAUCUUCGCAACGCUGUGAUCAACGAGGCGCCUUUAGUGCCGCCGACGAGUAUUGUUGGACCCGGAUUUUCCAGUGGGCCUCCGCCAGAUGCAGUGCUGCGCACUCCCUUCGCCGGUAAUGUGCGUGCUCUACCAAACCUCGCCCCACCACUUCCACUGUCGCCGUUUCAACAGACGCAAUAUGGAUAUGGCGGAGCAUAUGGAAACAAUAGCUACGCUGGUGGCUAUGGCGGCUACAACACGGGAGGAGGAUUCGGAGGAGGAUAUGGAGGAAUGGGCCAAUUUGGUAGCGGUUGGGGAGCUCCGUACAGGUCGUAUUGCGGUGACUUUGGCGGAGGCUACAACAGAUUUGGCGGUAUGGGGGGCAUUGAUCCGGAACAGCGAUUCAUCCAGAUGGCCGAGGCAAGCUCGCGUCCAGCGUUCCAGAGUAUAGAGUCCUUAGUAUCGGCCAUUGGGAACAUUGCCUCCAUGCUGGACUCGACAUUCUUUGCGUUAACGAGCUCAUUUCGGGCCAUUCUCGGCGUGGCAGCGAACUUUGGACGUCUGCGCAGCGUUUUUGCGCAGUUCUGGACGACAUUUACCAUCUUCCGAGGGCUGAAAUGGAUCUACAGAAAGAUUCUUUUCUGGCUGCGAUUAUCGAAUUUGGAUCCUUCUUCGGAGGCCUUCAAGAAGGCCUUUGCUGAAGCUCUCAACGAAAACCAUAGUCAGGUCGGAGGGGGACCACAGCCUCCGCGAAAAAGAAAUUCGCCCUGGCCGGUAUUAGCCUUCAUAAGCUUUAUAUUCACGGCUCCCUAUCUGAUCAUGAAGCUGUUGGGCUCGGUAACGAACACGGCCCAGGAGGAAGCCCGCAAUCCAUCCAAGUGGGUCGCACCGAUUCACACCCAGGCUGUGUACGAUUUCGCCGCUCGGAAUCAGAGUGAACUCUCGCUGAGUGCCGGCCAGUCGCUCCAGGUGGCCCCCCGCGAGAUCCAACAGACUGUCAAUCUGCUCAAUACCGGCUGGGCCUUGGCCACAACAAAUGGCCAGACUUCAGGCAUCAUUCCCAUUAGCUAUGUGAAAUCACCGCAGCAACUACGCCAGGAUCAGGAACAAGUUAAACCCACCCAGCCGAGACCUGAGCUGAUGAAUCUUUCUACAGAUGCUUUUCCCGCACCGCCGUUGGAUCAACAAAUGAACUACGACUUCAACCUGGCGGCCCAGCAACAGGCACCCCUUGGGCCGCCCUCAACUGCAACAGCGGCAUUUGAAGAGGGUUUCGCUUGAAUUACCCCAGCCAGUGGCCCCCCCGUGCACAGUCCUAAAACAUAGCUUUAGUUUAAGUAUGUAUCUUCGGUUGACCUGUUGUAUUUUAAGAUAGCUUCCGCCUUUUGUAAGUAUAUUUCCAUUUAAGAUUUUUGAAUUUGUAUGUAAGACUGUUCUGCUCUGCGAUCCGAUCCCAAUGAACUAAAGUAAACUACAACAACAAACCGA